CCAACUGAUAUUCCACCAACACGCGCAGAAGAUGAAGAUGGUAACGAGCUUUUCUUAAAAGCUAGUGAUGAAGAAAAGUUCUCAGCACUAGCGUUUAAGAUUAUGACUGAUCCGUUCGUUGGACAAUUGAUUUUCUUCCGCGUCUAUUCAGGCGUAGUAAAUGCAGGCGAUACGGUUUAUAACCCGAUUAAAGGUAAAAAAGAGCGUAUUGGUCGUAUUGUGCAAAUGCACGCCAAUAACCGUGUGCCAAUUGAAGAGGUGCGCGCGGGUGAUAUUGCUGCGGCAGUUGGCCUAAAAGAGGCAACUACUGGCGACACAUUAUGUGCAUUAAAUGCAGAAAUCAUCUUAGAGCGCAUGAUAUUUCCUGAGCCGGUUAUUCACGUUGCGGUUGAGCCAAAAACCAAAGCUGACCAAGAAAAAAUGGGUAUUGCUUUAAACCGCUUGGCGCAAGAAGACCCGUCUUUCCGCGUAAAAACUGAUGAGGAAACGAACCAAACUAUUAUUUCUGGUAUGGGUGAGUUGCACUUAGAGAUUUUGGUUGACCGCAUGAAGCGUGAGUUUAAUGUGGAAGCGAACGUAGGUGCACCGCAAGUGGCCUAUCGUGAAGCAAUCAAGAAGAAAGUGGAAGUUGAAGGUAAAUUUGUUAAGCAAUCUGGCGGUAAAGGUCAGUAUGGUCACGUUUGGUUGAUUAUGGAGCCUAACGAGCCAGGUAAAGGCUUUGAGUUCAUUGAUGCAAUCAAGGGUGGUACAGUGCCGCGCGAAUUUAUUCCUGCGGUUGAAAAAGGUUUACGUGAAACGAUUCCAGCAGGUAUUUUGGCGGGCUUCCCUGUUGUUGACGUGAAGGUGACCUUAUUUGAUGGCUCAUACCAUGAUGUGGAUUCGAACGAAAAUGCCUUUAAAAUGGCCGCGUCAAUCGGCUUUAAAGAUGGUAUGCGUAAAGCUGACCCAAUUUUGCUAGAGCCUAUGAUGGCAGUUGAGGUAGAGACGCCUGAAGAUUAUAUGGGUGAUGUGAUGGGUGACUUGUCAUCACGCCGCGGCAUGAUCCAAGGUAUGGAUGAUAGCGCGUCAGGUAAAAUUAUUCGCGCCGAAGUGCCUUUGGCAGAAAUGUUUGGUUACUCGACGGUUGUGCGUUCGCUGUCUCAAGGCCGUGCAAGUUACAGCAUGGAGUUCAAGCACUAUACAGAAGCGCCAAGAAACACUAAGGAAAAUAUUAUGGCAAAAGGCAAAUUCGAACGGACCAAACCGCACGUUAACGUAGGUACGAUUGGUCACGUUGACCACGGCAAGACCACAUUAACAGCAGCGAUUACCACAGUAUUGACUAAAAAAUUUGGUGGUGAAGCCAAAGCCUACGAUCAAAUUGACGCGGCACCAGAAGAAAAAGCGCGCGGCAUUACCAUUAACACUGCCCACGUAGAAUACGAAACAGCCACCCGUCACUACGCCCACGUUGACUGCCCAGGCCACGCUGACUACGUUAAAAACAUGAUUACAGGCGCAGCCCAAAUGGACGGCGCUAUUCUCGUAUGUUCAGCAGCUGACGGCCCAAUGCCACAAACACGUGAACACAUCUUAUUGGCCCGUCAAGUAGGCGUACCAUACAUCGUUGUGUUUUUAAACAAAGCUGACAUGGUCGAUGACAAAGAGCUGUUAGAACUCGUAGAAAUGGAAGUGCGUGAGCUUCUUUCUAAAUAUGACUUUCCUGGUGACGACACCCCAAUCAUCAUUGGUUCAGCUAAACUUGCUUUAGAAGGCGACCAAUCAGAAUACGGCGAACCGGCGAUUUUUAAACUUGCUGAAGCAUUAGACAGCUACAUCCCAAUGCCAGAGCGCGCGAUUGAC